AGUAUUAAAAUUAUUUAAAUACGCUUAUCAUACUGCGUGUUUUAAUAAUUGUUUUGAAGGGUGAAAUUAGGCUUGGAGUCGCUCAUAUGGUGAGUGCCUUUCACACCGAGUGCCAUAUACUUCUCAAAGGGGAAAAUUGUCCGAUACAUCGAAAGAGUGCCACUAAAGAGAACGAGAUGACUUAUCUUUUUGAGUGGAAAUGUACGAAAAAGUGAAAUAGCAACGGGAAAUAAUACUGGUUAGAAAGAGUAAACACGUUCAACCUCCAUGUUCUCUCUUACACAAUACUACAGAUUGGUUUAAAAUAUCAAUUUGUUUCGCUCGCUCUCUCAUGACAGAGAAGAAGCCAUCUUCAUUUCUCGCACUGGUUUUCCUUGCGCUUUGCGUUGUUAUAUGCGAAACUUUUGUAUUGUGUCAUAAACGAACUACUUGUCAUAACGUAAACAACUUCGGACUUCUAAGAUCGUAUUUUUAUUAUUAUAAUAUUAAUAACAGUAAAAAUAAAGCAACACUUAUUGACAGGCGUGUGUUCGGGUGGGCGUCUGAACGAAUAAAGACAAGCAUUUCCGCGUUUACUAAAAUAGCCAUCAAUAAAUUGCCGUGUAUAGGAAAGUCACCUACCGUCGCAUUGGUUUUCGAUUUUGUUUUUGCUUUAUAUCGAUAAAAGUGACUAUUUGUUUACAAGUUAAACAAAGCAUAGUAUUAUCUUCGGUCAGUAAUUUGAUCUAUACACAUUUGAAUCCAUGAAAAAAUCGAGGUUGCUUUCAAUAGGUUAAUGGUGAAAACGGGUUUUCUGUGACAGUAAAUGGGAAUCAACUAUGAGCCUACUCAAAGAAAAUACCAGUGCACAUAAUUGAAAAUAUGUAAAAGAUGUGAAAAAAGAUGUUCAAAUCAGUGCGAUGAAGUUUUUACACAUAUUGUGCAAUUGGAUGUAACUUGGUUUCAAGUGUAUUUCGGCAAGUGUUUCGGAUGGUUAAAAAAUCGUGUGGUUAUAGUUCUAACGUAGGCGGUUUGAUAUCAAGAAAAAAUCAAUCACGUACAGUGUAACAAGGAAAAUUAAUCAAUGAAAACAUAAAAGUGUAAAACAAAUGUGUCGAUACCGCAAUAUGUUUUCUUUAUGAUAUUUAGGAUACUAAUAGCGCAAUCGUCAUUCUAGUGCACAAAAAGCAUCAAACUAAUAAUGCUAAACCGCCAGAAAACCGUCUAUAAUAACGUUUUGCGUAAAUUGUGAUUAUUAAAUAAAUAGCUUUAAACGAAGAUACAAGCAUCCUUGUUUAAAAGGGAUUGUGUGUUGCUCAAGUGAUCUUAACUGAACUUGCCCUUACUUCAAGACGAUAGCCUACAGGAUUAAUCAUCAAAUCGUCGGAUUUGUUUAUAAUACAGCUUGAAAAAUCUAGAUCUGUUUUCCGACCUUAAUCACAACCGUGCGCCCUUGGUGUACUACAGGUGAUGCGGUCAUGUCAAAGUUCAUAAUCGAUAGCAUGUUACCAAAAUACGCUCAGUUCCAGCCGUUUAUUAGCUCUCAGAUUUCAUCACAAUCAAUUUCCAACUCGAACUCGACAGUGUCGCAAACACCCAACUCGGAAGGCAGUCCAUUGACUACUGGUAGUGAGGACAGCCCAAAUUCACCACCAACCAGCAAAAUGUAUCCAUUUGUUUCCAAUCAUCCGACUACACACACUAGCUACUCGACCAUGCCAGGAUUCUCUGGUUUAGAUGAUAAAUCGUGCAGUAGUAGGUAUACCGAUAGUGUAAUGAAUAGCUAUCCUCCGAUGGGAGUCCCUGGUAGCGCCAGUAUUGCACAGUUUUACCAACAGGCAGCUGCGGUUUCUGCCGCGUCGGCAGGAGUCGGCGUUGACUCGUUGGGGUCAGCUUGUUCCCAACUUUCUUCAUCCGUCGGUGGUGCGCAGUCUGGUCUGCCUGAUAUAACCCGUCAUCCUUGGCUGGUUACUGCAUCGCAAUCAGCUCUUCAGAAGUUUGCCAGUACAGAUUGGAUGAGCAAUCCUUUUGAUCGGGUAGUCUGCGGCGAUUUUGCAGGACCUAACGGAUGUCCACGCCGGCGCGGUCGUCAAACCUACACUCGGUUUCAGACGCUUGAACUUGAGAAGGAAUUCCAUUUCAACCAUUAUCUAACCCGCCGACGAAGAAUCGAAAUUGCGCAUGCCCUCUGUUUAACAGAGCGACAGAUAAAAAUCUGGUUUCAAAACCGUCGAAUGAAAUUAAAGAAAGAACUUCGUGCAGUCAAGGAAAUCAACGAACAGGCUCGCCGCGAGCGUGAGGAACAAGACAAAAUGAAGAACGAAUCGCUAAAAUCCGCCCAACAGCAUCACAGCCAAAAACAGGCUCAACAAGAACACACGGUUGUUGGCUCUCAACAAACCAGUAACGGGGGUGGAACUGGUGGAGGAACUGGUGGAAGUGGUGGUGCAGGAAGCGGUGGUAGUUCUGGAAACCUUGGAAGCCACCUGCAUCAUCCUUCAAUCGUUUCGCAAAAUGAUCUGAAACUUGGGCUUGGUGGAAUGGGAGUCGGAGUUGGAGGAAAUCUCAGUAUGAUGGGAGGUCUGGAUAAUAAAACGAAUCAAGACAUCCUUAAAGCAGUUAUGCAACAUAACAAACGAUGGGAUUAGAGUUUUUUGCAUAAUCACAUAAAAAGUGUUUAAAUAAUGGAUCAUUAUUUUAAAGCACAUCUACAGUUUUGAUUUAUACAACGUCUUAUGUUCAAGGAAGUUUUUUUAAAGCAUUGGAUGGCUAAAUGUCUUAUUAAUUUAAGUAAUUGUUUUAAACACAAUAUUGAAUCAUUUAUACUUCUCAAAAUACUCGUUCCUGAAAAUACUAACAGCUGACGGAUCACUUUUUGUUUACCAAAUUUGCAGCAGUUAAUUUUCAAAAUUUUCUUUUUUCUUCUCUUUCUUUUCAUUAUUCCAUUAAUGUACCUGUCAUAUGUUAUGAUUAUUUGAUUGGUCUUCUUGACACUUACUUGUCAUAUACGAACGACAUUUAUGCAAUGUACAGCACAAACUUGAAUACUACCAAUGACUGGAUGAGUUAAGAACAAAGAUACAUUCAAAUUGCUGUCCAAUCAAACAACGCUACUCUGUCCUGUCUACACAAUUCAACUUUCAACUGGAUUAAAAAUGGCGGAUAAGUAUUCAACGCUUAGUAAAAACACUGUAAUUGGAACAAUGCGGCAUUGGUCACAAACAAAUUGACUUCAAUAUCUCUAAAGGAAACGAGAUAUGGAGACUUACCUAUGCUAUUGCUUUUAAUCCAACUUCAUUUGAAUGGUUAUCCACCAGCUGCAGGAAAAACAGCACAGCGCAUAGAUGACACGGAACAUCCCACAGAAUCGGAAAAUAGCAUUUUUAAUGUAAACAAUAUAGAUAAUCAAAAUAUAUCUUUUGACCGUCUUUGCCCUAACAUUUGAGCAAAUGAAUACGAUAGGCACAAUCAAAGAGCAUAACAAGUAAAAGUCAUCUUCAGAUAAACAAUAGUGGAGAGCUGCAUCGUAAACCCACAUUUGGUUAGAAACAAUAAGUUCUAACAACAAUCAACAAAGUUUGUCUCCAUAUAUUUUUCCAUUCAGCUAAGUUACAUAAAUAAGUGUAGUUUAUGGAGAAAACAACACUUCAAUAUAAAACGCUGUAACGAAACAAAACAGGACGUAACUUAACAUAGAACUCGUCAAUCGAUAGGUGUAUAAUGAUAAGAUAGAAACAAAUGAUACGUACUAGUUUGUAAGAAAUUAAUAAUUAUUUUUUGCGAUUCCUUCCAUCAGGAUGAUCAUUAUGAUG